GUGCUCCCCGCCACCAUGUUUGUCCUGGUGGAGAUGACGGACACCGUAAGAAUUCCUCCCUGGCAGUUUGAAAGGAAACUGAAUGAAUCCAUUGCGGAAGAGCUAAACAAGAAGUUGGCCAAUAAGGUUGUAUACAACGUCGGCCUCUGCAUCUGUCUGUAUGAUAUCACGAAGCUGGAAGACUCGUACAUAUUCCCAGGAGAUGGUGCGUCACAUACCAAAGUGCAUUUCCGCUACGUGGUCUUCCAUCCCUUCCUGGAUGAGAUUCUGAUUGGACAGAUUAAAAGCUGCAGUCAGGAUGGCGUGCACGUUUCUAUCGGAUUCUUUGAUGAUAUUGUCAUCCCCCCCGAAUCCCUGCAGCAGCCAGCGAAGUUCGAUGAAGCAGAGCAGGUGUGGGUGUGGGAAUAUGAGACGGAAGAAGGGGCCCACGACCUUUACAUGGACAUCGGGGAGGAGAUCCGCUUCCGAGUGGUGGAUGAAACGUUUGUGGAUACGUCACCGACAGGUCCGAGCUCUGCAGAGGCUUCCACUUCCAACGCCACGGAAGAAGUCCAGAAGAAAGAGGCACCCUACACUCUUGUGGGAUCAAUCAGCGAGCCGGGCCUGGGCCUCCUGUCGUGGUGGACAAACAGUUAGCCACAAUCCGAGCCCGCUCCACAGAAAGUCUUCCUGGUGGGCGUUUGGGGGGAUUUAUGGGAUCCUGCCGGUGCUCACCGCUCCUCCGAAGCUGAAGGAGAAAUUAGAGCUGCCAGUCUCCGUUUCCCCUUCAGCUUCCAGCCUGCCGGAGAGAGACAGUCGCUUUCAAGA